AAUCAAAGUAAAAUCGUUAGGACACGAAAUGCAUGUCGUCCAUCUGGACCAAUCUUACAUAAUAAACUUUUUUUUUAUAACUCGUUUUGCGAUGACUGUGACAGUUUUAUUUCCUUCUGCAAUUAGGACAUAUAUAUCAAAAAACAGACGGUAAGUUAUGUUCUUCGGUUUCCCCUAUUUUUGGUAAAAUGAAUCUAAUUUUCCUAGAAAUUGUCAGUUUAACCACAAAUGUGGAAACCGUAAUAAGAAAAGAAUAUCGUAAUAAGAAAAUUGGAAAAAUGACAAAGUCUUCGACAACAAAGAAAUAUAUAAAAAAGGAAAAACCGUUUCCCAUAAUAAUUCUUGUUUUUUUUUUCUCUCUUUUUUGUUGAAACUUAAUAUGUUUUUUUGUUUACUUCUCUUCAUUUUCUUUUCAAAACCUUUGUGAUGAUCACAAGCAAAUUCCCAUUCCAUUGAAAGAAAACAAACACAAAGAAGAGAACUAUGGCGUUGCAAAGAUCGACGACGUCCUUCAGGAGACAAGGAUCAUCGGGACUCAUCUGGAACGACAGAUUCUUGAGCGGAGAAAUCCGUAACGACGAAAGAAAAGAAGACCGACGUAACGAUCAUCGAGACGGUUCAAUGGCUUCCACCACGGCAACAGUGAAACGUAGCGCAUCUGAUGGAGGACGUAGCAACGGUGGACGGCUGGAGAUUUCUCCAACGUUGGAUCCACCUUCCCCUGAAAUAUCUGCUGGUUGUGGCUUCUGUUCUAUGUUUUCGUCUAAUCGAAGAAGGAGACGCAGAGGAAGAUCAUCAAGCGCUGGAAGUUCAUAAAACCCUUGAUAUAUACAAUUGAUGCAUAUAUUAUUAUUAUAUUAGGGUUGUUUGUGUGUUCUUCUUUUCUUUAUGUGAAAGUUUCGAGAUCAUGAUGGAUAACAAAGCGAAGGUUUUGCUUUUUUUGUUUUAUGACAUGAUGUUUGAAGAGAGUGCUUGUUAUAGAUUUGAUCUUUCCAAUGCGUGUGUGUUUGUGAAACAUUUCGUAACAAAAAACGUCAAAUACAAAGCCAUUUCGGCCAGCCAA